CUGCUGCUGAAUGUAACCCAACCUGUGUUCCAGGCUCCACCUGUUCACCUGCAUCACCUGAUGCACACCAGGAAACAGUCAGUCGCCGUUGGUGAGAGAGGACACAGACUGAAGAUCAGACUCUGUCUCUGACUGAGUCCAGCUGUAGAAGACACUUGUCCACACACUGAAGGCUCCGCCCCUUCACCUGACUCACCUGAUACACACUAGGAAACAGUAAGUCACUGUCGGUGACUGAAGGUCAGACAAGACGCUGCUUCGUCCACACACUGAAGACAAAAUGGCCUCCAGAUCAGAGGAGGACCUCUACUGUCCCGUCUGUAAGGAGGUCUUCAGAGAUCCUGUGGUUCUGUCCUGUAGCCACAGCUUCUGUAAAGACUGUGUGAAGACAUGGUGGAGAGACAGACCAACACCAGACUGUCCUGUUUGUCAGAGAAGGUCUUCAAAAGAACAACCACCGUGUAACCUGGCUUUAAAGAACUUGUGUGAGACCUUUUUACAGGAGCAAGGUCAGAGGUCUUCAGAGGUUCUCUGCAGUCAGCACUCUAAGAAACUCAGACUCUUCUGUCUGGACCAUCAGCAGCCAGUGUGUCUCGUCUGCAGAGAUUCAGAAAAACACAUCGGCCACAAGUUCAGACCCAUCGAUGAAGCUGCACAACAACACAAGAAGCUACUUCAGGAGACUCUGGAGACCUUCAAGAAGAACUUAGAGAGUCUGGAAGAAGUUCAGGUGAAGCUUGAUCAAACAGCAGAACACAUUAAAGUCCAGGCCCAACGCACAGGGACACGGAUGAAGGAGCAGUUUAAGAAGCUUCAUCAGUUUCUACAAGAGGAAGAGGAGACCAGGAUGGCUGCACUGAGGGAGGAAGAGCAGCAGAAGAGUCACAUGUUGAAGGAGAAGAUGGAGGCUCUGAGCAGAGAGAUAGAAGCUCUAUCAGAUACAGUCAGAGCCACAGAGGACCAGCUGAGAGCUGAAGACGUCUCCUUCCUCCUCAACUACAGAGAGCAGCAGCGGCCCCUGCUGGGGCCUCCACAGCUGCACUCAGGAGCUCUGAUAGACGAGGCCAAACACCUGGGCAACCUGGACUUCAACAUCUGGAACAAGAUGAAGGACGUGGUCUCCUACAGUCCUGUGGUUCUGGACCCAAACACUGCUCAUCCACUCCUCAUCCUGUCUGAAGAUCUGACCAGUGUGAGUCUAGGAGACAGACAGAAGGUUCCUGAUAAUCCAGAGAGGUUUGAUUAUUACUGGAGUGUCCUGAGCUCUGAGGGUUUGCACUCAGGAACUCACAGCUGGGACGUCCAGGUUGGAGACAAUAAACGUUGGACAGUGGGAGUUUUAGAGUCUGUCCAGAGCAAAGGAGACAUACUGUCUGGAUUAUGGGGGAUAGUGUUCUAUAGAGAUACAUACUACGAACGGUCACCAGGUAAAAACUCUGUCCUCCAACUGAAGAAGACGAUCCAGAAGAUCAGAUUGAGUCUGGACUGGGACAGAAGACGACUGUCCUUCUCCGAUCCUGAUACUAACACACACAUACACACACACACACACACUUUCACACACUCCAUGUUUCCAUACAUUGACAUUGGUGACGAUCAUCACCCAGUGAAGAUGUUACCAGUGAAGGUUUGAGUGACAAAGGGGUUGAUUUGUUAAAGGGACAGUUCAGAGAACUGGACCUCUUAAACUUCACCUCUUUUGACACUUUUCACUCGUUCUUCUCUCCUUUUAGAGUUUGUUGUGUUUUUACAUGUAUGAAAAUGAUUUCACUGACAUUUUUCUUCACUUUUGGUUUAGUAGAUGUUUCAUAAAGGUUUCAUAAAGGUUGAAAUGAGACACCGUCUCAUUUCAACCUUUAUCAGAGAAUACAUAAUACAAUAAGCGUGCGUUUGAUUAGAUAAUAAGUGGUUUUGAUGGUGGACUUUACAAACACCAUUCAUGUUUGAUGACCAUGUAGAAUUUAUACAUAUGUGAAAUGAUGAUACACAUGUUUGUCUCUUUGAUUCUGUCUUUUUGACUGUUGAAGUCUGAACAUGUAAUACAGAGACUGUGA